AUGUCCGAUUUCAGAGCACCGUCGCAGAGCCGCAGAAGAAGAAGCUCCGAUGCCACCGCCGGUGUGACAGCCGGCGGCGUCACUGUAGCAGACAGAUACUACAUGGGAGGCAUCCUGACGCGCAGCCUGCGAGCAUAUGCAACCCUCGCGCAAGUCGGGCUCGACUACAAGAUGCACUCGGGAAAGAAUCCCAAGCAAGCCCGCGUCCCCAUCGACGAGCUGCACGACCGCAACGCCAAACGUGUCGCCGACAUGAUCAAAACCAACGGCGGCAUGUUUCUCAAGAUCGGCCAGGCAAUUGCCGUGCAGGGCGCCGCUCUCCCUGAAGCUUACCAACGAGAGUUUAAAGAUAUGUUUGACGAUGCUGCACAGGAAUCUUGGAGCGACGUCCAGGCUGUCAUUAGAGAGGAGUUUGGGGCCAGCGUGAGCGAAGUAUUUGGCGACGAGGUGGAGAGGGAGCCGAGGGCUUCGGCUUCGAUUGCGCAGGUUCACUAUGCGAGGCUGAGGGACGGGCGGGAGGUUGCGAUUAAAGUGCAGAAGAGGAAGUUGGCGCAGCAGGCGUCGUGGGAUCUCUGGACCUUCAAGGUCAUGUGUGACUUGAUAGGCAGAACGACCGAUAUCCCUAUUCAAGGCAUCGGCGACUACAUCAUGAAUAACAUCAUGAAGGAGACAGACUUUCAGAACGAAGCGGCGAACACGAUACGAAUCUCUGAACUCGUUCAGUCAGACCCCGAUCUGAGCGCGCGAGUGUACAUCCCCAAAGUCUACACAGACCUCACGACGAAGCGCGUGUUGACGUCUGAAUGGAUUCACGGCGCCAAGCUGUGGGACAAGGACAUCAUCACCGGCCAGUACAAUCCUUCCGACCAUGUGUCUUCGGGGAUGGGCCUCAACGAAGCCGACGUCAUGACGACUGUCAUUGACCUUUUCUCGUCGCAAAUGUUCAAAUGGGGAUUCGUCCACUGCGAUCCUCAUCCGGGCAACAUGUUUGUUCGACGCCUCCCGUCGGGCAAGCCGCAGAUUGUGCUCAUAGACCACGGCCUCUACGUGUCUCUAUCAGAUGACUUGCGGCGACAGUACGCUCGUUUUUGGAAGUCUCUGCUCACAGGUGACAAGAGAGGCUUGGAUGAAGUGUCAGCCGCUUGGGGAAUGAAGACGUCCGAUGCCUGGGCCGACACGUUCAUGUCUCGCGACUCGAAGAAGCCAGAGCCGACCGACGAGACGCCCGAAGAGCGAUCCGAGCGACUGAUUGGUGAGGCUGCUGCCUUUUUCGGUGAAGAUGGGCUGUAUCCUCGCGAGCUCAUGUUUCUGGAGCGGAAUCUAGCUCUCGUCCAGGGCAGCAAUCGCUUCUACGAUUCUCCCGUCAAUCGACUGGGCAUGAUUGGUCGCUCGGCGAUGCUGAACUUGCGCGACGACAGCGAGGUGACGUUUUCACAGGCGUUGGGAUCGCAAUGGGCCAUGUUUGUGCUCGACGCGGUGUUUUAUUUGAGUCGGUGGAGGCAGUAUAUGGGCUGGGGGAAGGGUUUUGAGGACGAGCUGAAGGAGGCGGAGGAGAGGAUGGCGCAGGAUAUGAAGGACUCCAUGUCUGGGCUGUGGGAAGUCGACAAGGAGGAAGCAUAG